AUGAACGCUGGUCUACGAUCCGCGCGGCGGCCUUUAGGCAUGCUGCUGAAGCAGCACCGGCAACAAGCAGCAGCACCUCGUGCAUACUCUUCCGCCGCCCCCGCGACCGUCACCACCGAAACCCCCACCACGCCACCGGCCCCGCCCAUCCAAUUUAGCCAGAAUGCCUCCACCACGCCCACCGCGACGCCCAGCAAGCCCACCGCGCGCAGCGCCGGCCCCUACCGCACGACCUCCGCCGUGGUCCUCUCGCGCCCGCCCAUGCUGACGCCAGACCUGGACCCGUUCGAGGAGUCGUUCUACUUCUACCAGCGGCGGCUGAACCAGCGGCUGGCUUUGCCGUUCACGCGGUACUUCUACUUCAAGAAGGACACUCCGGCGGAUCUCGAGUGGAAGCGGAAGCAGAAGGCUCUUGGGGACGACGUGUUCACGGGGUUCGGGAAGCGCUCGUGGGCUGACGAGCUGCUCGUCGGCGAUGAAUCACACAAGAGUGACGAUAAUGGGUUUCGUCGCCUGGCGGCGACGACGGUGUCGGGCGAGGAUGCGACCGCGGAGGGAGUUGAGGGUGUUAAGAAGUUUGAAAUGCCGCUGGGCAGGACGAGUAAGGCGGAUAUGGAGGGAGACCGUAGGAGCCUCGAUCGACACAUGACUCGCACCCUCUAUCUGCUCGUCAGGAAGAAGGGUCGCGAUAGGUAUGCGUGGAAGUUCCCACAGAGCCCGCUGGUUGGCUUCGAGAACCUGAAGGAGGCCGCGGAACGAACACUCGCGGAGGCGGCAGGCGUCAACAUGAACACGUGGUUUGUCGGCAACGUGCCAAUAGGCCACAGCGGCUACCGGUACCCCAAGGGGUACACGGAGGACGGCGACUACAUGGGGAAGAAGGUGUUCUACAUGAAGGCGCGCAUCAUGGCUGGACAGGCCGACCUGGCCGAGAACAAGUUUGGCCUCGACGACUUCAUGUGGCUCACCAAAGAGGAGGUCGAUGAGGUCGCCGGUCGCCCGUAUUUCAAUGUCGUCAAGGAUAUGUUGGUCAACCAGUAG